GUCGAAAAGUAUGUUUACGCUUUUUUAUACAAAUUGAGCAAGCGCUCACUGUGAUAUUUUCCUUAUCUCAUAUCUAGCUGGACUAGAAAUUUAAAGCUAAGAAUAAGUAAAUUUUACAGUCUAGGAUGGAAAAGAAACAGGACUUUUAUUUAAUACCAACAAGUGAAGAUAUGAAAAACAGAAAAACAAAUGAUUUUUUUACAAGUUCAACAGAAAUAACCAUUGAUUUAACAAUUGAUGAUACAGAUGAUGCUGAUCCUGUUAAGUCUGUGGACCCUGAAAUUUUAUUUCUGACUAAUUUCAAGCACCCCUCAGCUAGAGAGUUACCUUUAUUUCAUUUCAGUUGCACACUGUGUGGUGAGAAACUUGCAAGUUUUGCCAGUUAUAAACUGCAUUUGAAUUCUCACACAAUAGAAGAAAAUUUUACUUGCAAAGUUUGCAGUAAGAAUUGUAUGGACAGCUUUUCUUUAAGGCGUCAUGAAUCUUUGCACACUUCGUCAUUUAUUGAAGAAAAAACUUUUAAAACUGAUGUAUUCCAUAAAGCUAAUUCUUCUGAACAUGAUCUGACUUUGUUUGAAAAGGUGCACACGGAAGAAGGGCAAUUUAAAUGUGAUGUUUGCAAGGAAAUAUUGACUGAUAUGUCAAGUUUAACAUUGUCACCAAGUUCAGGAAGGAGCUUAAUUUGUUGUCUCUGCAGGGAAGUAUUGUCAUCACAUAAUCAAGGUGAUGAUCAAGUACAAAUAGAAAAUUCUGCCCAGAACCCAGUCUUACAAAAGAAAACAGUAAAGGGACAAUAUGCAUGUGAUUUGUGUCCUAAACGCUUUACUCAAAAAAGGUCCUAUAAUAAGCAUAGUGCACUGCAUAAAAGUAAAAGUGUGCUUGAAUUUAAAUGUGAUGUGUGUUCUAAAUUUUUUAAGCAGAGGCGUUACUUAACUCGGCACAAAAUACUGCAUACAGGUGAAAAGUCUUUUAAAUGUGAUAUAUGUUCUAAAAGUUUUUAUUAUAAAUAUCGUUUGACAAGUCACGAAAAAAACUCUCACUAUAAAGUAAAACCAUUUGAGUGUAAUGAAUGUUUUGAGACAUUUAUGUGUAAAUACAAGUUAGAAGAACACAAACAUACUCAUACUAAAAUUCCCUUUUAUAGAUGUGAAUUUUGUAAUAAAAGUUAUAUUCACAAGGAACUUUUAGAAUUGCAUCUUUUGAUCCAUAUUAAUUAAAAGUAUA